AUGCAAUAAAUGUUCAAAUAAUAAUAAGCUUAAUAAUUUUUAGCACAAUAAUUUUCUAACAAAACUGAUAAGAUUAAACUUUCAAAUUUGAUACCCACACAGAUCAAUGAGAACUUUUUUAACAAAAAAACAAAUGAGAUUUUAGAUAAGAAACCUUCAUCCCCAAGAUCAAGUAAUUAAGCAUCUAAACCAUCUUAAAAACCAUCCUAGCAAAUAACUAUUCAUAAAUCCAACAUAACCUUGUAAAAUAAAAGUCACAUAAUAAAUGAAUAAUUCUAAGAAAAAUUAAAUCAAUUUAGUAAAAGAAGAGAUUAUUCACCAAACUCACAAUUAAGCAAUUAUAAAAAAAAUGAAGAAUUCUUAUAAAGAAGACCAUCUUCAUUAGUAAAUGAUGAAUAUUCAGCUACUCCAUAGAUUAAUAGAUUUAUAGCUAAAUCUCCAACACCAUCAGAAAUUUAAGAAAGUGUUGCAUCCCUACUUUAAAAUCAUUAAAGUAAUAAAUAAUUUGUAUAUUUUAAGCAAUUUCUUCACCAAAAGGUUAAAAUGCAUAAAAGCCGAAAAGUAAUGUAUUAUAACUUGGUCCUUAUUUAUCAAUUCAAUAAUAAUAAUAGAAAUCAACCCAUAAAGUAAAAGGACAUAAUUCAGCUAAUUCAGUUUCAUACAAUUUGAAACCAAAUAUUUUAAAGAAAUGUGAAUAUGGCAUGAAUCAUACUCCAACAAAAGUUACUACAACAACAUUAAAUACAGAACAUAGUAAAAGUAAAUCAGUAUUAGAUGAAUAAUGCAUUAGAAUGAUAUAUUAUGAUAGAGAAAAAGAAAAUGAUAUGAAUUUAUUGAAUAUAGGUACACCUAGUACUUAUUUACAUUCUAAAAUUUCUAUUGAAUAAUAAAGUGUAAUAUUAUUUUAUUUAAUCAUAGGUUGCCGAAAGUUUAAAUAGUAAAUUUCAUCAAGCUAAAAUAUUAACUCAAUAAUCACCUUAUUAAAAUACAAGUGGAUCUAAUGAUCAUUUAUAAGAAUCAUUUCCAGUUCGUACUUGUAUUAAUCAUAGAACAAAAAAAGCUAAAUAUUUUGUUGAUGAGCAUUAAAAAUAGAUAUUUUAUUGUUCAUAAUGCGCUAUUACAGUGGCUGGUUAAGGAAAGGUUGUAUAAGAUUUAAGUUAAUUAAUAAUCAAAUCAUAAGAAUCUUAAAUAUUAUCUUUUUAAUCAAGUUCUGUAGAUUCUAAUAGACAUUCUAAUUUUUCAGAUGCUAAUUUUAAAGAAAGAGAAUUAAGUGGUUUCUUAACUAAAUUAGAAUAUUCUCAUUCUCAAAGAGCUGAUAUAUUAAAUUAAAUGUAAAAUUAAAUUGAGAAAAUUAAUUCUUGGUAUGAAUCAUAAAUUGGACAAUGUUAAAAAUCUAAAUAAGUCAUGCUAUAAUUAAUGAAUGAUGCUUCCAAUAAUACUAUAUAAAUACUAUAAAAUUAAAGAUAAGAAUCUUUAAAAUAAUUGUCUAAUUUAUACUUUGUGUUAUAAUAACAUUAAUUAGAUGCUUAAAAUAUUAAAUAAGAUAUUGAAAAGAAUUGGACAGAAGUGUUAGAAGACAUUCGAAUGGAUCCAUUUAGAAAGAUUAUGGAUUAUUAUUAAUCUGAAUUUAUUAAAAUGAAUGAUUUUCAAACUUAAUUACUAUCAUCAACUAUUUCUAUGAAAUCUUUAAGCAAUUAAGAUAUUUAACCUACUUUAGCUUUGAUCGUUUAGAAGUAAUCAAUUUUAUUAAUCAUAGUUUUUAAUUAAAUGAUUCAGAACAAUAAUUAAUUUUACAAAACAAUUCUCUUUUUAAUUAAACAAUCAGAACUUAACCAACUCCACCUAAAAAAAGAACUGAAACUGUUGAAGCUUAAAUUCAUUAAUCAAAUUAAUAAUAAAGAGUUAAAACUGAUUUUAGUGGAUCUAAAACAAUAUAACAAUAAAACAAUGAAACUCCAUCUAAUUUUUACUAAUAUUUUAAUGAUGCAAAUAUAUAUUAAUUAAGUGCAUCCAAAUUAUAAUCAUAAUAAUCAUAAUAAAAUUCAAAUAAAAAUAAUCUUUAUAUUUCAUUUGAAAAUAAAGAUAUAUUUAUGAAUAUUUUGGAAUCUGAAAAAAAUUCAAAAUAAAGUUUACAUGAAGAUAAAUAAUCAGUUACUUCAAAUCCAAUAAUGAUUUUAGAAAGUUAUAGAGAAUAAAAAAAAAAUAAUGAUAAUGAAGAUGGAUAAUUAAGUGAUCAUGAAUCACAUAAAUCUACUCCUCAUAGCCCUGCUAGUGGAUAAACUAAAUAAUCAGUUCAAAGGACAGCUACUAAAUUAGAAGAACAUUCGUAAAUUCCAAAAGAUGCAUUUUAAAAAUAAAAAAGUACAUUCAGAACUUUGUUUGAAAAUACUGAAGAUUAAUAAAAUAGUGAGGUUAUUCAAAAUGAUUCAAGUGUCAGUCCAGCUAAAAGUGAAAAAUUUAGAUCUAUUUUAAAUAAAAUAUCUAAUAAUUAAUCUAAAACUUAAUAGUAAAUAUCUAUAUUUAUUUUAGAUUUUAUUAAUAGAUGAUAUAAUCUAGCCAAAAAUUUGUAUUAGAAACUCCAGAUAUUAAAAAAUAUGAAUUAUAAGGUGUCUAAUGUUUAUAAUAUCUGUAAGAUACAGAAACAUGUAAAAAAGCUAUUCUAUCUAAUAAAUAAUCUUAAUUAAUGGAUUCUGUUCAAUAAAUGAAUUUAUGUGAUGAUCAAUAAGAUCCAAGUGAAUUUGAAAAUGAAAAUGAAAAUGAAAAUGAUGAAGAUAAAGAAGUUUAAUAAAUGUUUAGUUCUAAAGAAAUGAAGAAUUUCAGUGAUCAAAAAUAAAUGACAUAUCCAAGUGAAUCUAGUCAAAAUAAUAGUCAUAUAGAAAUACGAAAAGAUUAAUAUCAAAAAACACUGUUUUGUUCCCCACAAUUCAAAGAUCAAGAUAUUUUGAAUGUAUCAGAAAGCAGUGCUGAUUCAAAUUGA